GUGCCGCUGGCUCCUUGUACCGCCUCGAUUUUAACGCGCCUCGUCCGCAGUUUGGCGACAUUCGGGUGCACCGCCGGCUGCCCCCAAACGGAAGCGUUACUGUUGUUCGACCAGACACCUCGAUCGCUGAAUAUGUGAGUAACUCCGUCGACACUGAUGAUGAUGAUGAUGAUGAUGAUGAUGAUGCUGCUGUGGCAUCUUCCUGGAUAGCAGCUGCAUGGGUGAGCUCCUGUUCUGCGCGCUCAGCGAAUCCCUCAGCUGUCCGCUGCUAUUUAUACCCUUGGACGGUGGCAACGGGAAGCUGUACUGACGGGCGGGAAGCGGGCGAAGUGUCUCGCCGAAAUCCUUUCGAGACACAACAUAAACGCCUCCUUCACGUGCCACAGGCUGCGAGGCCACUCCCCGCCGAUGACGGACACAGACUGGCUGGCUGGCGCGUCUUCUCCGCAAAAGAGUCCUCAGCUGCUGAUGGAGGUGGGCAUAUCUGUGCCGAGCAGACGUCCCUUGUGAGUUUACGUGAGACAGAGUGUCAAGGAGAGAUGAGGAGCCUCUGGACUGCAGCAAGGUGCGGAGCAAAUGGAAAAAGACCGGCAGCCAUGAGCCCCUGGAGCUGUCCACAGGCAGCACACAGGAGGAGCCAUGCAGAUGGGGGCUACGGAUGGGUGGUGGUGGCCUCGUGCUUUACGGUGACGGGCCUCACGGCUGCCAUGAUCAAGUCCUUUGGAGUUUUCUUCGUCGACUUCCAGGACUACUUCAAUGAGCCGGCCACCAUGGUGUCCUGGGUUAGCUCCAUUUGUGUGGCUGUCUUUCACCUGGCAUGCCCCAUCGCCAGCGCCUUGAGCAGCUGCCUCUCCCACAGGGCUGUCAUCAUGCUAGGCGGCUUACUGGUCACGCUGGGAGCCUCAUUGGGAUCGUUGGCGUGGAGCCUGCCGUGGAUGUAUGUCACCACUGGGGUGGUGCUGGGUCUUGGCAUCUCCCUGGCGUGGGUCCCAGCACAGAGCAUGGUGAACCAGUACUUCAGCGAGCGGAGGGCUCUGGCUAAUGCCCUGGCCAGCAGUGGUGAGUGUGUGUUCAUCUUCAGCCUGACACCGAUGUUCCAGUGGCUCGUUACCAUCAUGAGCUGGCGGGGCGCCAUGCUCAUCAUCGCUGGCAUCCAGCUGAACUUGUGUGUGUGUGGUGCCCUCAUGAGGCCCUAUAAACACGUGGAGCCCCGGCCUGGCACUAGAGGCCCUCUCCUUGAUCUAUCUCUUCUCCGGCUGCCAGAGUUCAUCUGUGUUGCCAUAUUCAGCCUCCUCACGGUCAUGGCAUUCUUUGUGCCCUCCAUCUACCUGAUUCCAUUUGCCCAGAGUAAUGGAGUGGACCAGCUGAGUGCCACGUUCCUGGUGUCUUACUGGGCCGUUACUGAUUUGACUGGGCGUCUUAGCUGUGGCUGGCUGGCAAACUUGGCACUGGUCAAGAACAUCCAACUGCUGGCGGUGAUGGUGGCUAUCCUGACUGUGGGCCUGCUGCUCAUGCCCUCUGCCACCAGCUACACAUCCAUGGUGGCUCUCAGCUGCUUCUGUGGCUUCUUCUUUGGAGCCAUGAUAUCCCUCCUCAUCACCGUCCUCAUUGAUAUUGUUGGAGUCUCAAAAGUGGACAGCGGUCUUGGCAUCGCCAUGUUGCUCAGGGGAUUUGGGUGCCUGUGUGGGCCGCCACUCGCUGGUCUCUUGGUGGAUGCAACCGCAGACUUUGGCAGCAGCUUCUAUCUGACUGGAGGUGCCCUCUUUGUCUCUGUGGUGUUUCUGCUGUUGGCCGACUUCUUCAUGAAGAGGAAUCAUCAGAGGAGUGAGGACCAGCAUGUGGUGGGCACCGAAGGAGUGCAGGGAUGACUCGGAGGGACUGAAUGUAAAGGGCACUUCCACUUGAAGGACCCCUUGUGUGGUGUCUGUCACUGGUGAGAGGUGCCAGGGCCCUGAGCCCAGCUGGUGACGUUGUCUCCACCGCCAUCUGUUUUCUGACAGCUCUACUCGGGUCAUGUGCUGCCCUCUUGUGCCACUGCACCCCAACAGAGACUCUCAUAUGAAGCUCCAGGUACUCGCCUACCUGUGCUAAUUGGCUGUGCCACUCUCUGGAUGGCAUGAUCAGUGAGUAUUAUUACCUUGUGGUGAAGAGUCUGCCUUCCUGACCUGAACAACCUCAGGACAAUAGAAAUGAAGCCCCAAAUUAGAUGGCGUGGUGGGCUGCCGCCCCAUGACCUGAGCCCCAACUCACCACAUGUGCCAAGUAUUCUGCUACAGCAUUUUUUAUUAUUACAGAGUCAAAUAAAUAAACCAGAGUGGCAGUGAA